UUUUCUUGUUCAUUGUGUUUUUCUGACAGGUGAAGCAGAUUGAGAAGAGAGACUCUGUGUUAACCUCCAAGCAGCAAAUUGACAGAUUACUCAGACCUGGAUCGUCCUACUUCAAUCUCAAUCCCUUUGAGGUGCUGCAAAUUGAUCCCGAGGCAACAGAUGACGAAUUAAAGAAAAGAUUUCGGGCGUUGUCCAUCUUGGUUCAUCCGGACAAAAAUCAGGAUGAUCCCGACAGAGCACAGAAAGCCUUUGAAGCUGUGGACAAGGCAUACAAACUCCUUCUGGAACCAGAACAAAGGAAGAGAGCCUUAGAUGUGAUCCAUGCAGGACAGGAAUAUGUGGAGCAUAUCGUUAAGGAGAAAAGGAAACAGCUAAAGAAGGAUGGGAAGCCGCAGUAUGUGGAGGAGGAUGACCCUGAAGUGGUAA